CAGAGGCGCCCAACGUCUUCUCAGGCUGCCGGCCGGCCUUCCGCGCAAAUGGCGUUCGUCUUGCUGAGUCGCUGCGGCCGUCCGGCCGCGUACCUGCCGCGGCGGCUGCGAAGGGAGCCCCAGGCGGGACUCCUGGGAAACAAUGCUUGUCUUGACUGUACUUCCCUGAGACUAAUAAAUUGCGCGCACACUCACUUUAAAUACUGCCCUAGUGUUUCUCCGGUUUACAUUUCUCCAGCGAAAGAUGGUUAUAAUUGUUGGACUGAACAAAGCUACUUUGUAGCACUGAGAUCAUCUGACUUACGGUCCCCUCCUGCUAGUAGGGGCGUUCAAGUGCCACUCUAUCUUCCCUUGCGACAGUGGCAUUCUUCACACCACAGAUACGAUGACUCAGUGGUAGAAAAGUCACUGAAGUCUCUCAAGGAUAAAAAUAAGAAGUUGGAAGAAGGAGGCCCCAUAUAUAGUCCAACAGUAGAAGAAAACAUAGUUAGAAGAUCUCUCGGGCAGAGGAUUGUUGACGAACUGAAGCACUACUACCAUGGCUUUCGACUCUUGUGGAUCGAUACAAAAAUUGCUGCCCGCAUGCUCUGGCAGAUUCUUCAUGGCAACACUUUAUCCCGUCGAGAACGGAGACAGUUCCUUCGGAUCUGUGCUGACCUCUUCCGACUGGUCCCUUUCUUAGUCUUUCUUGUUGUUCCGUUCAUGGAGUUCCUUCUUCCGGUAGCUUUAAAGCUCUUCCCUAAUAUGCUGCCGUCAACUUUUGAGACAAAGUCUAAGAAGGAAGAGAGGCUGAAGAAGGAAUUAAGAGUGAAGCUUGAACUGGCUAAAUUUCUUCAGGAUACUAUCGAGGAGAUGGCGUUAAAAAACAAAGCAGCUAAAGGAAAUGUUACCAAAGAUUUUUCGACCUUCUUCCAAAAGAUCAGAGAGACGGGUGAAAGGCCAAGCAAUGAAGAAAUUUUGCGGUUCUCUAAGCUGUUUGAAGAUGAACUUACCCUUGAUAAUCUCACGAGACCUCAGCUGGUGGCUCUCUGCAAACUGCUGGAGCUUCAGUCAAUUGGAACAAACAAUUUUCUGCGUUUCCAGCUGACGAUGAAGUUGAGAUCUAUAAAAGCAGAUGAUCAACUGAUAGCUGAGGAAGGGGUGGAUACCCUGACAGUUAAGGAGCUCCAAGCUGCAUGCCGAGCCAGGGGGAUGAGGGCGCUCGGUGUGACUGAAGAACGUUUGAAGGAGCAGCUUAAGCAGUGGCUGGAUUUGCAUCUGAACCAGGAAAUCCCAACCUCGCUUCUUAUUUUAUCCAGAGCGAUGUAUCUUCCGGAUACACUUUCACCGGCCGACCAACUUAAAACAACACUGCAACAACUACCUGAAAGUGUGGCCAAAGAAGCUCAAGUGAAAGCCGCGGAAGUAGAAGGAGAAGAAGUUGAUAACAGAACCAGGCUGGAAGCCACACUCCAGGAGGAAGAAGCUAUCCGGAAGGAAAACCAGGAGAAAGAGUUGGAAAGGCUGUCCGAUGCUGCUGAAAAGGCGAAAGAAACGCUGCAGGUGGCUGCCAGGAAAGAGCUGGAGGCAGCCAUCGAUCUUAAUUCUGCAGCUGCACAUACAACGAAAAGCCAAAUAGCUGUGGAUGCUGAGGAAGAAUUGGCAAAGGCAGAUCUAACUCUGCACUCAGAGACAUUAAAAGACACAGCGCCAGUGCUGGAAGGCAUUAAGGGCGAAGAACUGAGCAAAGAAGAGAUUGACUUGCUGAGUGAUGCUUGCACUAAAUUGAAGGAGCAGAAGAAAUUGCUGACAAAAGAAAAGGAGGAACUUGAGGAACUGAGGGACGAUGUCCAGGAAUACAGUGAGGAUUUGCAAGAAAUAAAGGAGUUGUCUAAGGAGGGACAAGAAGAAGUGGUAGAAGAGUCCAAAGCAAGCAAGAGGCUGACCAGACGGGUGAACCGGAUGAUUGGGCAGAUUGACAAAAUUAUUCGGGAGUUGGAGACAGACCAAAAAGUGGUGGAUGGACAGCUGGACAGUGGUGCGAGUCCUCCCAUUGGGUUGUGUUUCCCAUUUAGGGAGAAUCUCAUCAGUAUCAAUGAGCUCAUUAGUGUGAUGAAGCAAAUUCAGAAAAUUCCGGAAAGCAAGUUGAAGAGGCUUGCCGAAGCGCUGGAUGAAAACCAAGAUGGCAAAAUUGACAUCAAUGAUGUUGUAAAGGUCGUAGAACUGAUCGACAAAGAAGACAUCGAUAUCUCAACGAACCAAGUAGCAGAAAUAAUGUCCCUGUUGCAGAAGGAAGAAAAACUGGAAGAAAAAGAGAAGAUGAAAGAGAAGGCUGAGAAGGAAGCUGUAGAAGUGAAGAAUUAGUCCCACUCUGAUUCCAAGCUUGGAAUUGAAAGGGAUAAUUUUGAGUAUUUGUCCAGCACCUGAUAUUUAUGAGAUGAUGGAAAACAAUGUUGAUUGAAGCGGCAGAAUGGAAUGUUUCACCACAAGAAGUCGCAAGCAGUUCAGUCGUCAUUCCGUGAAAAUGAAGAGUUCAGACUCUGGCAUUUAAAGCUUAUUUCUCCCUCUAGAGCCCUUCGCCCUUUUGUGGUGCGUCAAAACAAUACCCUUGAUAGUCCCAAAAUCAUGCUACAUACCAGGAAUAUAUUAUGGACAAAUUAAAACCGUUCUCUUCCUUGAAUUGUGUAAAAAGCCAGCAACUUCCUUUUAAAGAAUCUUUCACUUUGCAGGAAGACAUUUCUCCUAACUUGACAGAACAGUUACAAUCUGUGUAGCACUGUUAAAAGUUCAGGAGUCAUUGACAAAAUAUCUAAUUGGCAUUUUUAUCAAUUAUGUCUCUAAAAGGACUUUUACCCACACUACAUCAUAUUUGAGUUCUAAAAGCACUCUGCUUGCCUUGUUCCUAUGUAUUGUACAUGCUGUUAACAUUUCAAGGAUCGCACAGAGUUCAGAGAUGCUUCCUCCCCGUAGCAUUUUCAUGACUGGCUCUGCCAGUUUCAAAGGGUAAAUAAUAAGUUGGAGACCUCUGAGGACUCAGUGGGGAAGAGAAACCUCGUUCUUCUGACGCCCAGUGGCCCUCUUGCCCGCGCUGCAUCUGCAGUGCCUCUUUCACACCUUCCAUUCCCCACUGGUCCAUGCUGGCUCCAGCAGCCACUUCUGACAUUCUUCCUGGGGCCCCUUCUCAGCUUUUGAGUCAUUUUCUCUAUCUCCAUGUCCUUCUUUCUUUUCCGUCCUGCUUUGUUUCGUCCUUUCAUCUCUGCUGAUAUUUUGAAUGGUUCUUGAGAGCAGAUUUCUUCCUUUGUGUGUGUGUGUGUGUGGGGUGACCUUGACAACCCAAAAUGGCUACUGAGCAGCCGUUUAAGGUUGCCCAGGUCAGUAUAGAAAAACACUGCUGAGCUUCCAGUCUUGCUUUUAAUUUUCUGUAGAAUUUGCUGAAGGGCUUAGGAUUGUGCUUGUUGGUUCAUCAGGGCUCCGUAAAAGUCCUUAAUACUUUCUGUAAAAUCUGCAGAAAAGUCUGAGCAAGGCCAGGGGCUCAGCAGUAUUGUUUGUGGCUGCCUAGGCACACCUGGAAUGGUGGCGGAGAUCUCACAAAGUAGUUUCUUUCUCUCCCUCUCCCCUGUUGGCUUUUUAUUUCAUCCCCAUCCCUUUUGUGCUCCCUCUCCCCCAAAAUCUUUAAGAUAUUUCUGUCACCCUUGAAAUUCCACCUGGUUUACAGGAAGUUCUACCGUUGCCCUCCAUGGCCUUUCCUUGCAGAUUUUUUCAUCUGCCUAGUUGCCAUGCUGGGCAGGAUGCAAAAAAGGCAGAUACAAGAAACGUGAGAUGAAGGGAAUGUGGGCAGCUGCGAGAGCCUUCACAUUUCUUCUCUUCUGCUUCCACCAGUGCACUGCACAUCUGUCUCUGUUUCUCUCUGUCUCAGUGUACCAGAUCAGUGGCCGUCUCUGCUUUAGUUCUUCCCAUUCAUCCAUCUCCUUGUUUCCUUUCCCUUGGAAACGGGGAUCCCACUGUAACUUCGGUCUCUUCAAAAUCCUCAGUGCUUCUUGCGGUUGCGGUAGCAGCACCUGUCUGUCUCCGAUGCACUGUCUGCAGCAGCCUCCUCCUGUGUCUGAAAAGUUGGCUGUUUGGAGGGAUCACUGACUGAGGGUGGGGGGGAGGCUUUGGAGCUUGUAAGUUUGGCAUAAGUUGUUUCACUCUUCUGGUGAUCACAAAUGAAAAUUUUCAUUAGGAUUUCCCCCAGGAUUGGACCAUGCAAAAAGAAAGGUGCUUUUGUGGUUCUAGAGCAGGGGUCUGCAACCUGCGGAUCUCCAGAUGUUCAUAGACUACAAAUCCCAAUUGGCCGUGCUGGCAGGGGCUGAUGGGAAUUGUAGUCCAUGAACAUCUGGAGAGCCGCAGGUUGCAUACCCCUGUUCUAGAGAGUACAGGAAAUGAAGCUUGACGUGUUUUAAAAACUGCCUCUGUCUCUCUCUCGCUCUGUAAUUAUACAUAAAGUAACCAGGAAAAUAUCACUUCCAGUUGUACUGUUGUUAACUUUAGAUUAUGGAAGCAAAAAUGUUGUUCUCCUCUGGUAAGAUAACAUGUUUCUAAUCACUUGAUUUUGAUGUCUUAAAUGAAGUGACUAACCCAGUAAAUCAGGAGUGUCUGAAUACUAAAUGCUAACACUGUUUUCGCAUUGCCUUGGUUGUUGCUGACUCAGUAAAAAGUUGGCAAAACCACUAAGUAGGUGGCUCGUUCUCGUGUUUUGUUUGGCUUCUUAAAAUCAAGCUCUUCCUGUAAUGUAAUAAUAGCAGCUGAGCUGGACAUUAACACAGAUUUUGAUCACCCAUCCUUUCAAGCACUAGUAUCUGCUUUUUGCUUAAAUCUUAGUUUAGAACAGGGAUCCCCAACAUGGUGCCCCUGAGCCCCAGGAACCCUGCUGACACUUUUUCUGGUGUGCACCAAGUGCUUUUAAAAAGUGGAUCGGACUAGUUGGGGCUUCUUUCCAGCAAGGCUCUGAUUGGCCACUGGAAAACUGAUUUUUAAAAAUUUUGUUUUGGCCACAGCUGCCCCCACAGCAUAGAGAUCUUCUGGAGCAGCUAUUUUGUGGCACCUAUUUUGUAUCUGUUCCCACCACGCUGUAUCAGAUUUCCAAAGGCUGCCUGCAGGCUGAAAAAGGUUGGGGAUCUCUGGUUUAGGAAUAAUACUUUGUCCAAAGAGCUCACUUUCACUAUUGACAGGCCAUCUGUUACUAGAUCUUAAAACUUCGAACUGCAUGUGAUUUUGUGCCAGUGCCGGAAUGCUUUGCUGUAUGAAUCUGAGGCCUGGUUCUGUGUAACUGAUAGAUGUGGCUGAAUUGGGAUCUGAAAGGAAAAUCUUGGAAGCCGCAGAUCCAACUGCUGUUCCGGUGGCCUGCAGUGUUGACAGAAGGGCUUCAUUUGUAUUCCCUGACAACAUGUAUAGAAGAUUGGUGAAAGAGAUUACAAGUAAUCCGGUUUUCUUUUACGGACUGGCUUAGAGGACACUAUGUCCAGUGGACCGCAUCAGGACAUAGCACAAAUGCACUUUGGGAUUGUAAACUUGCUGUGUAUUGGUGCAGUCAUGUAAGGUCUGCAUUCUUGCCGGGAAUGCUGCAUAGGACACUUCCACUUGGCAUCUAGGGACAAAUUGCAGAUGUAGGAUUUUGGCUGUCAGUAUGGUCAAAUCAAGCCACGGGUAGGUAAAACAUUGAAGCAGCUAUAAAAAAUUAGUCUCAAGAGCAUACUUCUUGAGUAGCAUUGUGUGAACACUCUUGUACUUGAUUCAGAAUGGGGUUGCAUUUUAUGAACUUUCUGGGGAACUGCUCAGGAAACACAACUCAUAUUUUCCCUUAUUGUUGUAGAUGCCAUGUUAAAAGUGGGCGCAUGUGCCUGGCAAUUAUAGCAAAGCAAAAAUUUCUUCUGGUAAGUUCUUAAUUAAAAAAAAAACCUCUGAGGUGUAGUGCAUGGGUACAGAACAUGAACAGAAUAAAUGACAUCCUUCUA